UCAAAGACUGGCACUCCGGGCAGCGGCACACCGGGCAGAGGCACAUCGGGCUGGACUCCGGGCAGAGGCCCAUCGGGCUGGACUCCGGGCAGAGGCCCAUCGGGCUGGACUCCGGGCAGAGGCCCAUCGGGCUGGACUCCGGGCAGAGGCACAUCGGCCAGGAGGGGCGACGGGCAUCGGGCCCCCAGGAGGGGCGACGGGCAUCGGGCCCCCAGGAGGGGCGACGGGCAUCGGGCCCCCAGGCGGAGCGGCGGGCACCGGACCCCCAGGCGGAGCGGCGGGCACCGGACCCCCAGGCGGAGCAACAGGUCUCGGGCCCCCAGGCGGAGCGACAGGUCUCGGGCCCCCAGGCGGAGCGGC